AUGGGUUUAACUUAUGUGCCAAGAAACAUGAUAAAAAAUCUUGGGUAGGUUUUACAAGCAAUAGGCUGACGAGAGAUAUGGUGCAAUUUUGUGAAGAAAAUAGGUGAAUAAUAGUGGAGCUCCACGCGCGCGCGCGAGUGGAGGCCGAUAGGUAAGAAAUUAUUUUUACCUAUUCAUCGGGGCAAUUUUCGUAGUCACCCGACUGUACGUCCGUCCGACCGACCGUCCGCACCACAGGGUAACCAAUGUGAAAUCUCACACUUUCAAAACGGGCUAUCCACUGACCAAUAUCACAUGACCGUAUCGGGCGCAGGUGUCGGCCCAUCGUGGCUGCGUGUUUUUUUAAAGUUAUCUUGUGACAAGUUACUACAUGUAGUGUUCAACUGAUCGUAGGCUCAACUCAAACUGGAUUUCUUUACAAUCAUGGUUACAGGUUUAUUGUUUGAAGUAAAUCUUAAAUCUAUUAAGGGGAGCUUUGCCUAUUACUUUGGAUAAAUAUAUGUAUUAUCCACCAAAUACGUAUAAGGGAAACCAGUUGCGUGGCAAGUAAAUAUAGAUUCAUCCACUGGAUAUUGUUGGCCAUCUUUUGAACAAGGGCCUGGCUUCAAUAUUGCCAUCUGGAAUUCAUCUAUAACUCAUCUAUAAAAUAAAAUAUUGUCACUCUAUACGCCAUACUUGUGUUCGAUAGAAAAUUACAGGCCGACGUUUUGGCAUUGCAGGCUACCGUCAAGGUGACAAAAAUGAUAGGUUUAGAAUUUAGUCGUUAUUUACAGUCGUCUCCAAAUACUUUGAGUCUAUUUUGGCGUCUAAAGAUGUGAGAUUUUAGCACCAAAAGAGUCGUGCGACAAACAAACCGACUAACUAACAGAAAAUACUCGCGCUCAUUAUUUAGGUAUUAAAAGGGCAACUAAAAAUCACAUUAGAAAUGAAAACCGAGGCUACGUCAACACGAAAAUGAAUAUUUUUGAACCGCAGACGUUUUUACACGAAUCAGCCUUCUGUCCACAUGAAACCAGUGAAUUUGGACACCGAAACCGAAUUUUUUUGAAAAUGCACUCCAGAGCAGUUUAAGGCACCUGUCCACACGAAUCCAGAUAAAAAAAUAUGUGAUUUCAAACAUGUCAGGAUUCGUGUGGACACAGCCUUAACAUAAUAACAUAAAAAUAAAGGUCUCGUCCACAGGAAUCCUGGCAUUUUUUGACACCGUAUAUUUUUCUACGCGGAGUCAUGUGGACGAGGCCCUAAAUCACCCUGGAGAGCGGUUUCGGUGAGCGAAUUCACCCAGUUUCGUGUGGAAGGAAGGUCGAAUCAUGUUAAAAAAAGUAUGUGGGUUCAGAAAUAUCCGGAUUCGUGUGGACGUGGCCUAAAGCAAACCAUUGCCAUGUUCAAGAUCUUUAGAAUAACUCGUUAGAAAUCGUCAACUGAUGCAUGUUAUCACAACGUAUAUUAGCGUUGUCAGAGAAUUGAUACCACCUCUCAAUGUCCAGUUGGAGCCAUGACAUGACAGUUAUAAAUUGGUCAACUUAAUACUCUAUUAUUCUAUUAAAUCUUCUGGGUGAGUAGAGAGGAAAACAAGUAUAAACAAAAAUAUAAACAAACAAACAAACAAUAAAAAAAGAAAUGAAGAAAAAGAAACCUGUCACUUUUGUAAUGGUGGUCUCCCUGUGUACAAUCGAAUCGAAAAUUAAUUACUCCUCACUCAUGGACUUUGAAAUUUGUCAUCUAACGUCAAUUUUCCUGCAAGAAUAAGCAUGGGGCGAAAACUUAUUAAUAAUGCACAGGGAAUCUUACACUCAUAAAUUCAUUUAGCAUGUACAUUGGUUUGAUUCAAAAGUCUUUGUGAUGCGGCAAUCUUAUUUAUUUAGCCACUAAAAUUGUAGCUAACGAUAUUCUUCUUAUAUUAAUCGUACGUUUUUUGUUAUUAAUUUUCAAAUACAGGGUGGAUGGACAAAUGGCAAAUUUUGGAGUGAAAUACGUCCCGCCCAAAGUAUUCAUUAAAAGAACAGAGCUCAUUAUGCAGUUAAAUAGUGCUCCAUUGAUUACAGAUGAGACUGUUAAAGGUCCGUCUGAAAGGCCUUUAAACCCUACGCCAACUGUCUUUAACUUUUCGACUGAGAUCUCUCAAAAGUACAGCACUACAAGUAAGGAGGUAAUACUGAAUAAUCUGAGAGACUUUAAAGGUUGGAAUGACUCAUUACUGCAUCAUUUCUAAGAACAUGAGUCAAAAUUCGGUUUGUUUAUUCCUUUCACAUUUAAAUAUGAUAAUCCAAGCUAGAUAAUUAAAUACUAAAGCUCUAAUUUGUAAAAGAAAACAAACUCUUGAAGGGUUCUGGUAGUAGUAGUAGCAGGAAAAUGACGUCAUCGAGCAAAAAGCAAACGCAAAUUACAAGUAUUCCUUUUUCAGGCAACGCCUGCUGUAUGAGUAUUUUGUCUUAUUAGGUCGUUUUGCUCCUAAUCUUAGAUUCUUUAAACUAGACAUCGCCCAAGCUAAGUGCUGAGAAACAGAAAUUUUGUUUGACGUGAGGAGAACGCAACUUUGAAUUACGUCAUUUGUGUACAACAUGAGCAUCACCAUUUCAAUAACGCCAAGGUUCAUUCAACCAAGAUAAACCAGAUGAUGGUCAAAAGCACGGACUCAUUCUAGUUCAGCGAGGGAAUGAAACGUGGAGCUGUUUUCGAUGCCGGCCUUAUUACUCAUUUUAUUACUCAUUUUCUUUAGAUAUUAGGCAAUUAUGUCGAUGGCGUGGCUAUUUACUGUUUUUAUGACCCUUAGAACGUCUUUUCAAAAUAUUUCCAAACGCUCUCGUAGAAAUUGUUUAAACUUUGACACGAUCGAGGCAGCUUAGGGAGGUAUAAGCUCCCUUAAGAGAUUUCCGAGAAAUACAAAGACAAGUAAAAAACGUAAUGGCGUCAUUGCGUGGCCAAGAUAACUCCGAUGUCUAUAAAACACAAGUCAUAGCAAACUUUCAUCAUUAUACAAUACAGCUUUGUUUACGUAGUAAAUGCUCAAACUUGGGAGUAAUCCUCCCUAAAAAACUCAGUCUCGCCACCUUAAGCUUUUCAUGCAUUAACAGCAUAAAUCAUUUUAGUAAAAUCCAACUAGUGGUCUAUUAUCAAUGCUGCGUUUUGAUUGGUUGAGCUACUACUAGGCUAUACGUUAUAGUCUACUGGUAGCGAAAAGCGCGCGCUUUUUGGCGGCAAAAAAGGAUUAAAGUCUAGCUUUAACUAGCUAAAAUUUUUUUAUUUUCGAUAUUUUUUACCAACUAGUUGGAUUUUACUAAAACAAUCAUUCCUCGAGCUUGAAUGGCCUCUGAGUCAAUAGCCCAUUCAAGCCCAUUCCACUCGAGGAAUAAUUGUUAUAUACAACGAGGGUAUUUCGAAAGUCGUUAUGUCUAAAACAUGACCCAAGUGCUAGCGAACCGAAGACCCCGUAGCUCUUCGCUCUGAUACGAUUAGUCGUUAUGUGAUCUUAUGUGAAUGAAAAAUGCUUCAUCAUAUACUGUACUUGUGUUAAGUAGUUUUAAUUUCCUGUAUGGUUUGUUAUUUCAUACUGGUAGAAGGUAACGUACUAAAAUCGUAUUUUUGAUGUCACUAUUAUUAUAGCCAACGGAGCCCUCUAUUGAAGAAAUAAAAGCUAUCCUCGCGGCCAACAACUGUCCUCACAUAGAUUAUGACCAGGUAAUGUUUUUUCAAGAAAUCACUUACGAAUUCCACUCAUUUAUCAAUAAGGCCAAAUGUUAUUAAUAAGGCCAAAUAAAUGCCAAAUGUUAUUAAUAAAGCCAAAUGUUCUGCCGCACUUUAUCGGAAAUAACUGUCUUUGGCCUUUGUGAAGUCUAGGGGGAUGGGGGUGUGUAUUGGAAAGUUUUGUAUCCCCUAGCUGUUUGAUAGCAUGGAUUUUUUCAAACAGGAAUCAAAUUAAAUUUUGUUGAAGACUUAAGAAUAAAGAAAUAUUAAGCGAAAAAAGUUUAACUCAACGUUUCGAUGUCACCAUGACAUCAUUAUCAAGUGACAAAGAUAAAACUAAAAACUGACUUAGUUAGUACAAUAUACAGUUUACAUGUAAAGCGACAAAAUAAGAAAGAACAAAAGUAACAUGUCAAAUUAGGGUUAGGGUCAAAUAACGUAGCGAUUAUGUAGCAAAAUUUUACAGAUACUUUGCUCCCUGAAACUAAACUGAAGGAUUCUGUUAGUUGUAGUAAAUUGAAGUCAUCAUGAAAUUGUCAUUGCCGAUUUAUUGUUGUUUUUCAGGAAAAAGACGCGUUUAAAAUACAAAAACCUGCUGCCGCUAACAAACACUACCAAGUCCAAAGGAACCUUGAGUUAGUCCUUCUUGGAGUAUCUGUUGUUGCAGUGAUCCUGUCUCUCAUAAUACUUACCAUGAUAAGGUAACUUAACGGACCUAAACUGAAAAAUUCUUCUCUUGUGUGUUUUUGUGAUCUUCACUAAAGGUUACUUUACACUUUACAGUUUUCAACUAUUAUCCUUACAAAUAAUGAUUCUUAAAAAUAAGCAACCUUCUAUAGCCGACGAAGACGGUCGCUUUUCAUCGCUAAAAAGACACAAGAGACGUCCAUGCCUGCACGAAGAAUCCGUUGAAAGCACUGUGCAAAAAAUUGGGCUACUUUCCAUUUUAUUUUAUUCAUUCUAUAGGGUUAAAAGCAGCGAGAGAAUUUUCGUUAACAAGAAUCUUCUCUUUUCUCUUGGACUUGGUAACCUCGUGUACAUUGUGGAUAUCGCCUCAUUUUCUACACGGAUGGAUCAUAUUGUAAGCAGCUGUCUUAAGUUUUAUGGUUUACGUUCCUAAAGUUUACAAGUUUUGCGUUAGAUUAGUUUUCCCCUUUUAAUCUUAUCAAUAAUGCGAUGCACAGUCAAAACUCUUCACUGGCAACCGCAUUUUUCUCCAUUGGAGACUAGUUAGAACUCUGUAGCUCGCAAUCAUGCAGGUUUUGUGAAAUGCAAUUUUUAAAAGGUGGUCCACACCUAUUUAUAUGCUUGUUAGUCAUGUUUUUGAAUCGCGUUUUUCGGCAGGAACGGUUCAACCGAUUUCUAUGUUUUUUGGCAUCCUUAACAAAGAAUGGAGCAACUUUAAGAAAAUGUUAUUUAUUUUCUUGAUAAAAACGCUCGAAGUAUCAGCGUAUGUUUAAAACCGCAUUUUUACAAAAAAAAAUGUCUUUAACUUGCAAACUCUACGACAGAUUUUUCUCUAAUUUUAGCAAAUAAGCCUCAUGGGGUUCGUAUCUUUAUAUUUUUACGAUCAGAACAGAUAUGACAUUUGUCAGUUGAAUACGAGAUUCCUUCAUCAAGUAAUUUUGAUUAAGAGAAUUAAUCACUUAUAAAUAUCGUCAUAAAACAUACUAAUGCUAUUCCUGAAAAUUGUUUCUUACCAAAUUCGAAUAUUUAGCCUUUUUUAUUCAAGUGAAAGACUGAUCUCUAAAGAUGAAACAUAAUUACUGGGCAGAAGUAGGGCGUGAUAUAUUUGCCACAACACUUUAUAUCACGUGACAUAAGCCUCCAUGUGACUUCAUGUGGUUCUGUCGGUUACAAAAUACCACUAAAAGUGUUCAACUGAAGAAUUCAUAAAUGGAAGCAAUUUAUUGCGGGAUUGUUUUAUUGGUUAUACAAUUCUAAAUUUUGAUGGAUAUAAUUUGUAAAAUGUUCACACACAAAACAAUUGAAUAAAUAAGAACAAGAAAAGUUUUUAAGAAAUACAAAGGUUUAUAAGAGUUGGUGAGUAUCUCACUGUCAAAGUAAAUGCGAAUAAUUAUCUCUUAGUUAAUUCAUACAUUACAUAUGUAUCUCGGAUAUAAUGAUUAAGUAGUUUUCAGCGCCUUAGAUGUUCAAAAGAUUCUGUUUCACGCCAAUAGUAUUUGUAAGCAAGGCUAAUUAUUAUUAUGUCAGUCUGAAUGGACAGAGAUUAAUCAAGGCAAAAACUAUCUAAACUUGUUUGAAAAGGGAAGUUGUGUCAGUGACCAUCAAAAUGUAUGAAUCAUUUUGGGCUUUUCCUGUUUAUAAUGUUUUUUCAAAGCUUUUCAAAUUUGUAAAGAAAUUAUAAUGCGAUGCACUCGAAGUGGCUCUACAGUGAAAAGCCUUUAUCAUAUACAAGUUUAAUUCUUUUCAAAAUUACCGUUAUAACCGUAGUUCAUAAAUACUCUACCUCUAAAAUAAAUGCCCUUUCCCCUCUGAAGACAAAUUGCUGUUCGUGUAUAUGAGGACCUUUGAGGGGUUUAACUGUACAGACCUUCAGUGUAUAUUUAACAGAAAAUGGUUUUAUUGUCAUAAUUUAAGGA